GCCCACAGGGUCCAUCUCAGGAAAGACACGUAAAGCAAGGGCAAAAACAAAAAAAUACAGAAUCAUCCGGAGUGAAAACUGACAAAUUUAUGAAUUAAACACAAAUAAACAGAGAAACCGACACAAUGGACGCUGGCGUGUGGUACCGCUCGCUGCCCCGAUUCACCCGUUACUGGCUGACGGCCACCGUGGUGCUGAGUAUGGCCUGUCGCUUCGAUAUUCUGCCCCUCCAUUGGCUGCAUUUGGACCGAUCGGCGGUCUUUGGGAAGCUGCAGCUCUGGCGCUGUGUGACGUCACUGUUCGUGUUCCCGAUCUCUUCAAAUACAGCGUUUCACUUCCUCAUCAACUGCUUUUUUAUUGUGCAGUACAGCUCGAAAUUGGAGAAGGAUCAGUAUAGCCGUAGUCCAGCGGAUUAUCUAUAUCUCCUCAUCGUCUCAGCCGUGCUGGCCAAUGUGGGUGGAAUGAUCUUCAAUGUCUACUUCCUCAUGGACAUGCUCGUCCUGGCCAUCACCUACAUUUGGUGCCAGCUGAACAAGGAUGUGACCGUGAGCUUCUGGUUCGGCACCAGAUUCAAGGCCAUGUACCUUCCUUGGGUUCUCGCCGCCUUUGAGUUCAUUUUCCACUUCUCCCUCGCCUCUUUGGUGGGCAUCUUCGUGGGCCACGUGUACUAUUUCUUCAAGUUCCAGUACUCGCAGGAUCUGGGCGGCACUGCCCUGCUGGAAACCCCUCAGUUUUUAAAGAGCCUUGUGCCGGACAUUUCCGGCGGCUUCGGUGGCUUUGGCGUGCCGCCCGAGAGCAGAGCACCACCGCGACAGGCACCCGAAAGUCCUUGGGGACGGGGCACGACCUUGGGUCGCAAUUAAAACAAACAACUGAUCCUCGAACCUAGACUAAUUCCCUUUUUACGGUUUGGUUUUCGUCUUUUCUUAACCAAGCUCUUAUACAAAGCAAAAACACACAUAUUUUUCAAACUAUUUUUCAAUCACCACUCGAUUCUCUGGCAACAGCAAUAAGUUAACAUGUUAAGUGGCAGGAUUGCAUUGUGCAUUAAUGAAAUUAUAUUGAUAUAUGUUUGUACAUAUAUAACCAUUAAAAAAAGACAAAAGAA